AUGCAGCACGAUGAUGUUGUCUGGAGUAUUAUUAACAAAACAUUCUGCUCGUUCAAAAUCAACUCGAAGACGCAAAAAUUUUGUAAAAACGAAUAUAAUCUCACGGGUUUGUGUAGUCGAUCGGCAUGUCCGUUGGCGAAUAGUCAGUAUGCCACUAUUAGAGAGGAAAAUGGUAUUAUUUACUUGUACAUGAGAACAGCUGAAAGAAUUCAUACUCCAAAAGAUAUGUGGGAAAAAGUGAAAUUAUCAAGAAAUUUUGAAAAAGCAAUAUAUCAAAUCAAUGAGAACCUAUUAUAUUGGCCAGGAUUUAUAAAAUCAAAAUGUAAGCAACGAUUUGUCAAAAUAACCCAAUAUUUAAUUAGAAUGAGAAAAAUUAAACUUAGACGUCAAAAGAAAAUAAUUCCUUUGCAAAAAAAAAUUGAAAGGCGUGAAAGACGUAGGGAAGAAAAGGCUCUUGUCGCUGCGAAGCUCGACACAAAUAUAGAAAAGCAAUUAAUGGAGCGCUUGAAGAAUGGAGUGUAUAAAGAUAUAUAUAAUUUUCCUCAAAAAGUGUUUGAUAAAGCAGUGGAGGCUGUUGAAGUUGAAGAUGAAAGCGAAGCUGAAAGCGAAAAUAAUGAGAAGCAAGAGAUUAAUAAAGAAGUUGAGAUGGAAUUGGAAGCUGAUGAGAAAUCAAUUGAAACAAGUAUGAAGUUUAUCGCAGCCGAUAGCGAUGAAGAGGACGAAGAUGAUAAGGAAUAUGAAUAUGAGAUGGAUGAUGAAAGUGACUCUGGUUUAAAAGAACAAAUAGAAUUAUCCAGCGAUUUUGAGUCCGAUAUAAGUGACAUCGAGGAUGCCGGCCCAUCUACUAGUAAAAUGACAAGCAGACCUAAAGUAGGAUUGAAAGGUAAAAGAUUUACGAAAGUGAAGUCACGACCAAAGGUGGAAAUUGAGUAUGAAAUCGAAGAAGAACCACAACAAAAAGAAUGUAGAUAAAAGCAUUGUUAUUAUGGUAAAUUAAAUUAAUUUUAUAAUAAAAUAUUUAAUAAAUUACUUACUAUAAGUGAUUUCAAAAAUUUAUCUAAAAAGUGUUUUAUGCAAUUGUUGUAAAAGCAAUAACAAUUCA